AUGCCACCAAAAGCGAGACUCAUAAUCGUUCGGCCAGGCAGCAUCUGUACACUGGUGGAGCAGAGUCGAGCUUCUAUGAGCACAGCCCUGCGCUCAAAUUUGGCAGACAAACCGAUUGACGAGACUCUCGCGGAACUUGAUGCCAGAUCCAAAGUUGUCCCAUCAGCCUCCGUCGAUGGUAUGGCUGUCGGACCAUUCGGCGUUUUCAGUUUGGAGGAGGAGUGUCGCAAUCCUCAGCCUCACGGCGAGUCAACCCAGCUGGUGGCUGGUGCACCGUCUCCAGAAUGCCUCGAGCCGGAGGAAGCCUUGCCAUCAGUUGGGUCGCUUGACACCCUGAACGAUAUGCAUGACUUUCUCGACUGGCCAGAUCUCUUCGACCUUGAUUUCACGAGCGAUAUAUCGCUCCUUCAGGAUUUUGACGGCGGCUUUGAGGAAAUAAUUACACAACGACAGACUAUUGACUCGCAGAACCCCUCUGACCAGCAGCCCACCUCUGAUAUUGUGAUGCUAUCUCAGGGCAACGUGACCAACGCUUCUCUCGUCAAUGCUAGUGUGGCUCUCUUGCCUAUCGUAAAGAGAGCAACGCCAAAGGACCUGCGACCUGAACAGGCGGAGAUUCUUUUGAGACAUUUCAAGGACCACGUUAUUCUCCAUAUGCAACCCGCGCCUCUUCCGAAAAAGUCACCCUGGGAUAUCCACUUGGAUUCUGCCAUAGUCACAUUGGCCAGAUUAACCUAUAUGUCUUCACAAGCGAUAUCUCAUGCAGCUCUGGCUAACUUAUUGGCAUUGUUGGCGCUGUCAGCACGACACUUAUCUACUCAGCAAAUGGGAGAUGGUGACGCUCCUCAGUCACAUUGGCAAGAAUUUGCAACUAAGACGAUUGAUGAAGCGAAAGAGAAUUUACAAUCAUCGUUAAGGAACGAAAUCAGAGGACCAAAUGUAGCCAAGUACAAGGAACAACUGAUGGCAGUCCUUGCUAUGCUAGCUUUUGCGACUUUUUAUGACCGACAACAAGAUGCUCGGGCGUACAUGGUGGACGCCGAACGGCUUCUCCGCCUGCGCGGCCUAGCAAAGAGGAACAUAUCUCGCAAAGCGAGGCAACUGCACCACGUCUACACCUGGAUGCGGAUAAUAGAAGAAAGCACCUAUGUCUUACGCAACUUUCAGAAAGUAGGACCAAAUACAGCCAUUGGGACCAGUCGGCACUUCGCAAAAGAGCCUCGAAGAGAUCUGAAUAACGCCGGUCGAGGGGAUCCUCAAUAUCAACCAGGGCCCAAUCCUCGCUUGGACGAUUUCCUUCGAUUCGAGCCAGGUUCUUCUGACAACGACGUUGAAGACAUGACUCAGAAGGACCGUGAAGUGGGUCUGCACGACAUUCACCUUGAAGACACUCGGGAGUUCGCUGAAACAAUGUACCUGGACCUCUAUGGCAUUCCGGAAACCUGGUUGAGCCUUGUGUCUCAAACUACCCGACUGGCAAAUGUUAUGGAUAGCUUGAAUGUCAACAAGGACCGGAGAGACGUCGAAUUCAUAGAGCUUCUCGAAAGGCGAAAACAGCGCCUGGAAAAUAUGGUCUGCUCAUUCGCAGCUAUGGGCCCUCAGACCAUCGAGCAAUCGACUUCAAGCGGAAAUAUAGGGACAAUGGACGCCCCUCGACAUCAUAUGGUACGCGCUCUGAAUGCAGCACUUGUGAUCCUUUUCUACCGAAGGAUCAGAAAAGUUAAUGCGUGGAUAUUGCAAGAGCAUGUCGACAAUGUUAUACGUGCUUUGAAAGACUUUGAAAUGUCCUGCCAGAGAGCCAACAUUGAAGGACCCGGAUCCCCUUGGCCCGCCUUUCUAGCAGGCUGCGAGGCCCUGAAUCUGGCACAGCGAGAGUAUUUGUUGGGUUACCUCGACCGAGCCUCUGCUAUGACAGGUUUCGCUAGGCUGGAGACAGCGCGCAUAUGCAUGAUUGAAGUUUGGAGACGGCGUGAUGAGUCUACUGGAGGAAGUGCUAAGAGGAUACGAGAUCAAGUCUGGACAUGGGAACAUGUUUCGAAGGAAUGCUUCCUCCAUGUGCUUUUAUCCUGA